AUGUCGACAACGAAAGCUCAGGAGGAGGAGGAGGAGAUUACAACAGAAAGCAAACUCUUCUACUACUACCUCAGCUUCUUCAUUAUCGUAGCCACCUUCUGUCUAGCUCAGCUGGUGAACCCGUGGGUCAAUCUCGUUCAAUUCAGCGGAGCAGCUGCAGACGCUCUGUGCGGCAUUUCCUGGAUUCUCCUUCUCCCUGCUCCUGCUCUUCUCCAGGGUCUUGCCGGCCUCCUCUUCUACCCUGCUGUCAUCCCUGACCAUGCGCCUCCCAUUGAAGAUCAGCUGGAGAAGGAGAAGAACGAGAGGCCGGCCGUUCUCAGCUCUCGCGCUCCCUUUAUCCUCUUCUUCCGCAUUGUCACCCGAGGCAACAACCCGAAGCUCGUCCUCGCAAACUGCAAAACGGCCAUCGCCGUACUCGAGCGCAGUGGGCUGGCGGCUAGCCGGUGGAAGGUGGAGGUGGUCACGGACAACAAGAUCGACCUCUCGGAAGCACCCUCGGUUGACCAGCUCGUCGUUCCUAGUGACUACAACCCUCCUGGUGGCUGCAAGUACAAGGCUAGAGCCCUCAACUAUGCAGCCGCUGCCAGCAGAGCUCGAGCUCACGACUGGAUAGUCCACCUGGACGAGGAGACGAGGUUCGAGGAAGAGACAGUGCGGCAUAUCUUUGCGCACUGCAUGCAGCAGGAGAUCUUGUUGGCAUCCGGAAAGACUUCGUUCCCGAGCAUUGGGCAGGGGGUCAUCUACUACAACAAGGGGGGUAUAGAGAACUACCUGACUGCUCUUGCUGAUACCAUCCGAGUCGCUGACGACUACGCCAAGUUCAGACUGCAGUACAAGCUCUUCCGCCUUCCCCUCAUCGGCAUGCACGGCUCCUUCGUGGUCUGCUGCAACAAGCUGGAGCAGCAGGUGGGAUGGGACUGGGGGAUGGUAGGAAGCAUCACUGAGGACACUUACUUUGCGAUGAAGCUGGCGGGGCAAGGCGUCAGGUUUGACUGGGUGGGAGGAAAGAUGUUCGAGCAAAGCCCUUUCUCCGUCAACGACUUUGGGAAGCAGCGAGCGAGAUGGUUCUCAGGCCUCUGGCUCUGCGUCCUCACAGACUCGCUGCCUCUCUGGCAACGAGCUUACCUCGGCAGCCACCUUGUGUCCUGGACCGUCUGCCCUCUCCUGACCUUCGUGACUUGGCUGAACUUGCUCACCAUCUUCCCGAGGUCCUCGACGUUCGUCUACCUCAUGUCCUUCAUCUUCUCCAUCCCCUUCUGGAGCUACAGCCUUGGCUUCGUUCUUGGCUUCGAUCCCAGCCAGUUCAAGCACGGAAGGCUCGAGUGGGUACUCAUGUUUCUUGCACACAUCAGCCUGAUCCCUGUCUACACUCUGAUGGAGAGCUACGGGGUCAUGCGAGGGCUCUGCGACAGGAAGACCUACACUGGAUUCCACAUCGUCAAGAAGGAG